AUGCGCGACCGUUCAGUCUUCUGGUUAUUCCAGUUUUGUUGCACUUUAUUAUCUCCAAUAAUCCCGUAAAUAAUAGAUCAAAGUAUAUACAAAAAUGCAGGUCAAUGUGUCGAUAUCACCCCGGGUAUUCACCGCGAUACAGAAUGUUAAUAUCACGGAAUUGUCCGAGUGUUCGCAAAAAGAAAUACGACCGUUGUUACCGUGUCUAGUACGUAUGAGUUUGAUAUCGCCACUUGAUAUAACUAAAGAAUGUGUGGAAUCGCGAAAAGAAAUUCUCACUAUUUUAUCUGGUAUCGAGUCUGUAAAUUCCAUAGUGGCAUUAUUAUCCAUCGAUUUCCAUGCAUUGGAGACUGACGUUAGAAAGGAACAGCAAUUGAGACAAAAAUUAGGGAACACCCAAGGAGACAGUAUCCUCGCCCAAUCCCUGCAAAGCGGUCUAGCUUUAGAAUUCGAACGGAGUGAAUCAACACGUCGCAUUCGCCUGGUGCUUAGUGAACUGCUCUUUGUCUCCUCUCAGAUACACGAGUACCAUAAGAACAACGAAUUCCUGAUAAAACAAUCAGACCUCUUCGACAAUGUUGUCUACAUGGAGGAGAUUGCCUACGUAAUCUGCAUAGCACUCGCAGAACUGCCAGCACUUCUCUCAAUCCGAGACAUUGCUGAAACCCUACUUCACGUAAAACACGGUCCCGAGAUCAUCUGCUGGAUUGUCGCUAAUAGUCCUGACUCUUUCUCUGAAGUGUGCACCCAUCUAAUAGCAAAUGGCGAGCGCCAAGAAGAAUCAGCACUUGGUAGAAUCCGAACACAGGCAUUGACAAUGCUCUGCCGAAUGAACCCAAGCCGAGCGCUUGCAGUUCGAGCAAAGUGCGUCGAACUGUGUAGAAUGCCUGCACUAGCUAUCGCACUGAGUCUAGAACGAGAUUGUUUGAAAUCUUCACAGCUGGACAGUGACAUCGUGGCGUUUGUCUCAGGUUUGUUAUUGGGAAGCGAUCAACAGGUGAGAACUUGGAUAGCUAUGUUUAUUCGAAAUGGUCAGAAACGAAAAGGAGAAUCUCACACGGCUUUGCAAGCCCUCAGAGACGAAUUGCUAGAGCGCUUGAGGGCAAUAGUCCCUAAACCACCUGAUUGCCAGCUAGCUGAAUGUCAAGUAGUCCAAGCAAGUGCUCUCCUAAGACUUUACUGUGCCCUCAGAGGAAUUGGCGGAAUUAAAUUUCAAGACGAUGAAGUUCCACAGAUCGUCAAACUCCUGACAUCCCAUCCACCUCCCUCACCUGCUGGCGUCAGAUUUGUAUCCCUUGGCCUCUGCAUGCUAAUUGCCUGCCCCUCUCUAAUUGGUCAGCAUAAUCUCGAAAAAAAGAGUAUAGAAUGGGUGCAGUGGUUAGUGAGGGAGGAAGCUUACUUUGAGAGUGCAAGCGGAGUGACAGCCAGUUUUGGAGAGAUGCUCCUUCUAAUGGCUAUUCAUUUUCACAGCAAUCAACUUUCAGCGAUAUGUGAUCUUGUCUGUGCGACAUUGGGCAUGAAAAUACCGAUAAGACCGAAUAACUUGACACGAAUGAAGCAGAUCUUCAUGCAAGAGAUAUUUACCGAACAAAUUGUAACAGCUCACGCUGUCAAGGUGCCUGUCACUGCUAAUUUAAAUGCCAAUAUACCGGGUUUCUUGCCUGUCCACUGCAUCCAUCAGUUGCUCAAGUCCCGGGCGUUUGCUAAGCAUCGAGUACCUAUUAAAACGUGGAUUUAUAAGCAACUUUGUAAUAGCGUUCCACCGUUACAUCCGGUUCUGCCAGCGCUCGUCGAGGUUUAUGUUAAUUCCAUUCUUGUGAUCAAUCACAAAAGCUCUGAACAUACCAAUAAACCUAUCAUGGAAGAUGAAAUCAGAAAGGUAUUUCAGAAUAGUGUGUUUGGGGCGAAUUUUGACGUGAAAAAGAGCGCUCUCAAUAUUAUGGAUAUGGAGACGGAUUAUCUGGAUGUUGAUACCUCCAAACCCUCUUUAACGUCACAGCUAUUAUUCCUUUAUUAUCUGCUGCUGUAUGAAGACGUGCGGCUGUCUAAUAUGCAUAAUUUCAUAUCGCAGGGGAGAAAAGUUAAGAGCUAUUCAACGGAAUUUUUGUCAGAGCUGCCGAUUAAAUAUUUAUUGCAACAGGUUCAGAGGGAUCAAAUGAGUUAUGCUGGAUUAUUUUCGCCUCUGCUUAGAUUAUUAGCGACGCACUUUCCACAUUUGAGUCUAGUCGACGAUUGGCUGGAUGAUGAGAUGAUUAAUAUCGAAUCGCCAGCUGCUAAUUAUGAGAAUGUCGUAAUUAAUGAUGUCUCGAUAAUUGAGGCUUUUGGACAUAUUAAGAGCUGUCCAUCGAGAACUGGGAGACUGCUGAGACAAUUAAUGUCCAUGAAACCAACAGAUAUUUGGCCACACGCCGAGACUAUUAUACAUUAUUUUAAGGUCAUUCUGGAUGAGAAGGUGCCGAGAUAUAUUCAAGAAUUAUACAAACAAGUCUGGCUGAGAUUAAACGCAGUUUUACCGAGGUGUCUAUGGGUAAUGUCAAUAAAUGCACUUUUGAUCGAGAAUCCAACCGUUCAAAAUGUGCGUCUUACGCAAGAGAACAUAGUUCUUGACCCUCUCCAAGUUCUCAGAUGUGAUACCAGAGUAUUCAGAUGUGCCCCAGUAUUAUCAGUUAUUCUGCGAAUCCUCCAAGCGACUCUCGCAGCCUCAAGGUCGCAGUUAUCAAGGCACAUGCAGGACAGACCUUUAACUGAGAAAGUGGGACAGUUGACGAAUGAAGCAGAGAGGGAAGAUCUGAGAGCGGCACUGGUUGCCGGUCAAGAGAGUGCGGCGGUGCAAAUUCUUCUGGAAGCCUGCCUCGAGACUGAUCACGACGAACGUGUUCCAGGACAGAUGUGGUCACUCAGAGAAAUUAGAAGUGUUGUUUGUUCCUACCUACAUCAGGUUUUCAUUGCUGACCCACCAUUAGCAAAGCUAGUCCAUUUUCAGGGAUACCCUCGUGAGCUCCUGCCAAUAACUGUCUCCGGAAUACCCUCGAUGCACAUAUGUUUAGACUGGAUUCCAGAGCUUCUCUCUCAGCCUGAACCCGAAAAACAAGUAUUCGCAGUUGAUCUCGCAUCGCACCUUGCAGUUCAGUAUGCGUUGCCAAAGGCCCUGAGUGUUUCACGACUAGCAAUUAACACUUUGAUAACUCUCCUGGGAGUUCUCCCAGCUAAGGAUCGUGUCGUUCUCUUCUUACCGGUUCUCUCAGCCCUCACCAGAAUUUGUCUUGCAUUUCCUCCACUUGCUGAGGACACCACUGGACUACUCUUGCAAUUAGGACGAGUGAGCUCGGCUCAAGCAGCUCUAGGUGAUAAAUCUGCUGAAAUUCUCUGCCAGGAGGUAAACGCCACGUUCUCGUCCCUCAUACAGAAGGCCAUCCUCCAAUCCAGAGUUUAUUGAAUGGCAAAAUUAGUUUUUAUGCAGCAAUCGAAAGAUUAUCGUCCAAUUUUUGUAUAUAUUAAAAUGUCAAUUAUUAUGUCGUUAUCAUUGUAAAUAAAUUCCCGAUAUAAACGCUGUACAUACGUGAACUUCACUUUAGAAAAUAUGAGUUCACUAGAAAUCAUUGGACUAAUAUA